GAGUUGAGCACGAAUCUCAGCUGCAGAGCUUCACAGAUGUCAGAGUUCGCCGAGUAGAGAGUGGAAUUGAUAUUGAAAAUUCCCACAAACAAAAGGAAAAAAGUAAACUCCUCACGAGCAAUUCCAACGAGUGGAAAUCUCGAUACCUGACAUGAACAUAUAGAAUCAAGCAAUACAGGGCUCAAUCUUCCGACAUUCGGAGCUGGAAACUGCAAAAAUUUACCAACGAUGACGCUCAUGGAGAUUCUCGAUUCGUAUCGGGGUCGCUUCUUUUUCACAUACUCGGGCCCAUUACUUGUACUGUGUCUUGUGCAGCUGCUGUUUCUUUGCUGCUCAGCUGCUGACAGUACCGUGAAUCCAAAGCCGCUAGCACCAGCAUUUGUGAUCUUGGGAGACUCCACAGUCGACGUGGGCGUGAACAACUAUCUGGCGACGGUAAUCAAAUGUAACUGGGAACCUUACGGUCGGGACUUCGUGUACGGCAAUCUCACGGGAAAGGCGACGGGCCGAUUUUGCAAUGGCAAGCUAAUCUCCGAUUUUCUAGCGGAAAAAUUGGGUCUACCAUACCCACUUCCACAUGGUGAUCCUUCAGCCAAAGGCACUAAUAUACUCCAAGGAAUCAACACAGCUUCCUCAGGAACUGGCUGGUACGAUGGAACUGCGGCCUUGUAUAAUGUGGCCUCGUUGACGCAACAGUUAGAGUGGGUGAGAGAGUGGCAGCACGAUCUUCUAGAUGUUAUUGGGAUACAGGCUGCUGCUGCCGUGGUACAAGACGCUGUCUACAUUGUAAGCACAGGAAGCAAUGACUGGGUCAACAACUAUUACAACAAUCUCGACCUUCAAAGCCGGUACAGCAAGGCAGAAUUUCGUGCGGUUCUACUCGACAAUGUCACGAGAAACAUUCAGGCUCUAAACCGAAUCGGUGCUCAAAGGAUCGCUAUCGUCUCGCUACCGCCUCUAGGCUGCUUACCAUCGCAGAUCACAGCCAGAGGAAAGGGAGAUCGAAGAUGCGUGCAGUGGAUGCAGGACGACGCCAAAACCUUCAAUGACGAGAUGAAUGGCGUUAUUUCCAAGUUGAAGACUAGUCUGUCUGGAACGACGAUCGUUGUUCUCGACGCUUUCUCUCUCAUUUUCGAUGCCUUUUCCAAUCCUUCAAAAUAUGGUCUUUCUGAAACGGAUAGAGGAUGCUGCGGAACAGGACUGUAUGAAACCGGAAUAUUCUGCACAGCUCUGAAGCAUACUUGCGACGACGCCUCACAGUAUCUCUUCUGGGACAGCUAUCAUCCUACAGAGUUCUUCAACAGACAGGCUGCAGAUGUAUUCUGGGAUGUUCUCAAGCAAGAAUUUAAGUUUGGCACUUCUUCGACACUUCAAGCCGAAGAUAGACUUAAAGGCAUCCGAGAUGAAUUGAGGUGAAUACGUUUCUUGAAGCAGCUGCAAAAUCAGAGCAAGUCGGUUCCGACUGCAUUUAUGUCUGCCUUCCACUUCGGAGUUGAAGUUGAGCCUUUGUUCACUUCCUGAAUAAAAAAAAUUU